AUCAACAUGCUGCCAAUCUAACACCUUAGAUUCAUUUAUGAAGUCACGACUGAAAGAUGACGAUUUCUAUAUAUCUUAUUCUUAUCUUACAUUUAAAUGUCGUGUUAAAUUGUGAGCAUAGUAUCAACUUAACGUAUACCAGACUUUGUGAAUGGAAAAUACGCGGGAAACAGGCUGACGUGCUUUGCAAUAUCAAACGGGAUAUGGAAUGGUCAUUUAACGAUUUUGGAAAAUGGAGGUCGUGUUAUCCCGCGAUUUCACAAUUUUAUUUGACUGUGAGUUGUUCUGCAGGAGUAUCCAUUGCUCUUCAUCGUCCACUCGAAGUUCUAGGAAUGCAUUCUAUUAAUAUUGAAAGCUGUUAUAUUAAAAACUUUUAUGAAGUGAGUUCGAGAAAGAUAAGGAAUAACAUAAAUUACUUGAGAAGUCUGAAAAUAGGAAAUAGCGUUUUCGAGUUCAAAGACUCAGAUAUGUGGAAAAGUGUAAUGAUAAAUAGUGAUAGUUUAAUUCAUACAUGUGAGUUCUCAGUUUUCUUAAAUGAAUUUAUCCUGCGUAAUAUUUCAACAAAGUAUAUUAUGGACAUGCAAGAUAUAUCUUCUCAACAAAUGGAUGAAAUGAAAGAAAGAAUGAAAAAUGUAAGUUUGCAGAAGAGGGAAUGCGCUUAUAAACAACUGAAAUAUUUUGAAAUAUCAGCCUGUCCAAAUUCUUUUACGUAUACUCACAUUCAUGAUAUAUUUUCAAAAUCUGUAUUUUCUCAACUGAAAACACUUAAUUUAAGCAUGAAUGGUUUGAAAGCGUUUCCAACUGUGCUAAGUCUAGAGACAUGGUCAACAAAAUUCGGAAACUUGAGACAGCUUGAUUUUUCAAAUAAUAAUAUUACUCAACUUGAUUUUCUCUCAACAGAGAGGUAUCUACAAAAUCUCAAUUUUGAGUUGAAUUUAUCUAACAACAACAUUAGAUUAUUGACAAAGGCUGAUUUGCAUUCGUUGAAAUAUUUGUAUUACAAAAACGUAAUUGUGAAUUUACGUUGUAACAGAGAAAUGAAAUGUUUAUGUAAAACGUUAAGCGUCGAACAAGUUUUUCGUACAACAUGGGGACAGAAUUAUUCCUACCUCAAGAGCGCAUGUGUUGAGAACUGUAACAUAGAUUUGGAUACGGAAAAUACUAAUCAGCAAUUUAUUGCAUAUUCAGGUCUCAUUUUCUUUUUCUCUUUUGUAACUUUAGUUACUUCGUCAUUAUUAUGUUUACGUAGGAUUUUCCGUAAGAAUAAGAAAACAGAUUCGUUUGAGGUUCAGUCGACGUUUCAUUCUGCUGAAUCAAUAUAUGACGCUUUUAUAUCUUAUAGUUCCAUGGAUGAGCACUGGAUCUACAAUACCUUAGUUCACAACCUAGAAUCACACAUACCCGGCAUUAGGUUGUGUCUUCAUCAACGAGAUUUUGUACCGGGAGCUACUAUUGCUGAGAAUAUCAUUAGAAGUAUUGACGAGAGCACACACACGCUGGUAGUUUUGACUGAAAACUUUACAAAAAGUGAAUGGUGUCAAAUGGAGUUCCAGAAAGCAUUUCAUCAAACUUUAAAACAUAGAAAACAUCUCAUCGUCAUAGUUCUUGGAGAUUUAGAUACUUCAACAUUAAACCGAGACAUCACAUUUUGUAUAAAAACUUACACCUUCUUAAAAGUUUCAGAAAUAUUGUUUUGGCCAAAAUUGUAUAAUGUGUUAUCAGAGUGAUUGA